AUGCCAGUUGUCAAUGGCGUCCCGGUCGCUAUACCACCCCCAAAGGGCUAUGUGGUCAACUUUGAUCACCCCCAAAGACGGCACGAGAUAGAAGCAUACGUGGCUUCGAGUGUGGGCAUGGGCAUUGCUUUCCUUUUCGUUCUCCAAUAUCUAUACGUAAAAGUAUGGAUAUUGCGCAAGCUGGAGUUGGAGACUGCAUGUCUUUUGAUAGGGUGGUUUUUCUCCAUCGGCGUGCAAGUUAUCUCACUUCAGGGAUUUUUCCUUGGAAUAACAGGUGUACAUACAUGGGAGAUUCCUCUCGCCAAGUUCAACACUGGAAACCUACUCUCCUUCAUCAUCCCGAUCCUGUAUGCGGUAUGCACCGCCUUCUCCAAGAUGGCGCUGGCGCUGUUUUACCGGAAACUUUCACCUCAGCGAUGGUGGCGGUGGAGCGUAUACGGCGUUAUCUUUCUUGUUGCAGGCUAUAACCUUGCCAUCAUGCUCGUUAUCCUUUUUGGCUGCGUUCCGUUUGAGAAAAGCUGGGACCACAUGAUGCUUGAGGGGAAAUGCGUGAACAGACCGGCGGUAUAUAUCUGUACCGCAGGUCUUGGAAUCUUGUCAGACCUUAUCCUCCUGAUAAUGCCCUUGCCAAUGGUUCUGCGCUCGCAGAUACCUCGGCGACAAAAGGCUGGCCUCGUUGUACUAUUUGCCAUCGGUUCUGCAACACUGGUGACUUCAGUAAUACGGCUAGUACUCCUGGUUCCAAUCUUUGGCGCCGUCGACGUCAGUUGGAUUAUUUCCGGCGCGAUAGUCUGGGUUUUCAUCGAAGCGAACCUUCUGAUUGUCUGUGCAUCACUGACGACUCUCCGAUGCUUUUUUUAUCGCGUCGCACCAAGAUGUAUUGGCGAACGAGGACCAUCUGACGAUAUUGAGAGCAGCAAAGGGACGAGAAAACACCCCUUCCGGACGAUAGAAACUGUUGGUACAAAAUCUAAAAGAGGAAAACUCGAUAGCCCGACUGUAGAUUCCGGAUUUGACCUCAAAACCAUUGCCAGGGCGCAACCGGUGAGGACCGAAGUCACGGUACAUACACCGGACGAGGAGAGAGAUGAAACAAUCAGACAAUUGCGGAGGCAAGAGUCAAUUAAGAAGUUUGGCAGUUCCGCAGUGGAGGCUCAAACAUGGGAUGCAUGCAAGGACGGCAGUGAUGAUGAGGAGCUGGCGAUUGUGCAGACGACGACUGUGACAGUGGUAUACGGACCCCGAGAAAGCUACAUGCCCCCUAAGAAAGUCGAGGACAUGGCUUGA